AUGCCGCCUUCCAAGUGGGGUAUGUUCGGAUCCUUUACGAUGAGGAGGAGGAUGUUCCUCCCCCCUGUCAGCGCACCCCGCCGCCGCUUCGACGACGAAGAAGAAGAGGAAGAUGUCCUGGAAUCGUGGGAUGCCGCCGAGGACUCCGAAGUCGAGCGCGAGAAGGCCAAGAAGGCCGCCGAUGCCGAAGCCGCUGCUAAGGCCAAGGCCCUUGCCAACAAGAAGACCAAGGCCCAGCGUAUAGAAGAAAACCGCGAGAAGCACCGUCUCGAGAAGGAGGACUUCGGCGAGUCCGACAGCGAAGACGAGGCCGAUCGCCGCGCCCGCCUGCGCAAGACCGAGCAGGAAGCCGACCUUGCUCACGCCGAGGAUCUCUUCGGCAGUGUCGAUGUCAAGCGCAACAAGGGUGCCCCCAAGGCCGUUGUCGUCACCGAUUCCAAGGACCCCACAAACUCCGUCGACCUCUCCGCCAUGCCCCUCUUCAAGCCCACCACCAAGGACCAGUUCAACCGCCUCACCGAGAUUCUGGUGCCGUUGCUGACCCCUCACACCAAGAAGGCCCAAUACUCUCUCUGGGCCCAGGACUUCACCCGCAAGCUUGUGAAGGAGCUGCCCAGUGCCGAGAUCAAGAAGAUCGCCAGUGCCCUCACCACUGCUAGCAACGAGAAGAUGCGCGAGGAGCGUGCUUCUGACAAGGGCAACAAGAAGUCCAAGGCGGCUAAGACUAAGAUCUCCUUGAACGCUAGCCGUGACGCCCAGCCUGAUACCAGCCAGUACGAUGAUGAUGGUCUCGGUGAUGAUGACUUUAUGUGA